UCACCCUCAGACCACUCCACACUUUAUACUCACGACCGCCUUGACAGCAGACGACAGCGGAUCCCAGUGACGUGAAAAUCGGCAAAAUUCCUGGAGGAUGCGGUGCUGUUGGGCGUUAGGGGCAGGGAGGCAGGCAGCAGCACAGUGACAGUAGGUAUGGCCAGCCUGUGUGUACUGAGCCAGCAUGAAUCGUUGCACAGGCUUGUCUGUUUCUCGUGUACUCUGCUUCCCGGCCUUGAGACCCCCGGUGGCCCCCAAGGCAGAGCGGAGCAGUGGUGGGAGGCUGAGCUGGCCCGCUGCUGCAGUGUGGUAGUGUCCGUGGUGGCGGCAGCAAAGGCCACACCGCAUGACUCUGCUCUCCCUGCCGCCUCUCCGCCCCGCUGCUAGCUAUGGCCACUUGCCGACGGAAGGUUGAGGUGGUGGUGGUGGUGCUGCUGACGCUGGUGCCCUGGCCUGGCCCGCUGGAGCCUCGACCAGCGUGUGCAAGAGACAAGGCAGCACUGGUCAGGAAGCUGGUCAACAAGAGGUGGCUUCCGGUGCUGGACAAGUAUGGAGUGACGCUGCCGCUGGAGUGCCCCCUGCAUGCCGCCCGGGACGUGUUCGCCCAGCAGGAGGCCGCCAAGGUGCACGUGCCGCCCCAGUGGACGUGUGGGCUGUGUGGCAAGGCCUUCUACCAUGAGGCUCACCUGGACCGACACCUGGACAACCGACACGAGGACUACCUCAACAAUGGUGAGGACGUGGUGUGCCUGGCAGACUUCUGUGACGUGAUGCGGUGUGAGGUGCUGCUGGAGAGGAUGCGGGACUUUGACGACACCCCUCCUUCCGCCACUGCCCUGGAUCUCUGGCACCAGCCCCUCCUGCUCUCCUCACCCUCCAUGCACCAGUCCCAGCCACACGCAGACUGGCAGUGGAGUGUUGUUCCAGACCAAGCCGUGGAGCGCGCCUUGCCCCGCAGCCUCAUCCGCUCCUCACACUCGUCACAGCCAUGGUACCAGUGGACCCGACAGUCCCGCCUCCGUCACCACGACCCCCCUCGCCCGCCCCCUGCCAGUCCCCCACAGCCUAUCCUCGCUCCAGACCUCUCCGGGGAGCACGAGGGGGAGGAGCGAAGGGAAGUGGUGGAGCAGGGUGAGCACGGUGGCUGUGAGGGCAACGAGGGUGAUUGCCACACCACACCAGAGGAUACCAACAACACUGACUGUUUGGCGCCUGUGCCUCGCCCACCAGACGAAAGUGGCCAUGUGACGGGCGGGCCGCGGGAGCUGCCCCUGCACCCCCUGCACUCCUGGCGGGACACCUGCAACGAGGAGCACCUGGCCGAGCUCAGAGUCAAGUGUCAGCAAUUAAUUCAGCAGUGCAUUGGAGGUCUUCUGCUUAACCUCACCCUGGAGCAGUUCAAGGAGGUGGAAGGGGCACUGAGCCGGGCGGUGUGCUGGUACCUGACGUGUGACCGGUACUGGGAGGCGGGCACCAUGGAGCCGCCGGAGUUCCCGUGGGGUCUGGUGACUGGCCUGGUGCUGCUGUUGACACUGGGCAUCUCCCUUGCCUACUACAUUGUGUGGGUGCUGUGCGAAAGCCAAGACUCUUACAGUACUUCCAAGACUGAGCAUGGCUUUGAAAAGAGGUCCCAGGACGGGGGGGGCAGCACGCCAGGCAGCGUGCACGAGGCGGCCGACAUCCCACCACUCAGGUCCACCAAGCUCAGGCACUCGGCCGCCACAGAGUCCGAGAGUGAGUGUCGAGACUCCGGCUUCAACGAGGGGCCGCCCUACCCCGACGCCAGCGACGCCCACGUCUACGCCGACUAUGACGGACAGUCCUACCGCUCCAGGCACUACUCAGAGGACUCCCGGCUCUCCUACGCCCCGGAGGAUUACCCCCACGGCCACAAGUACUACAUCUCCGAGGAGAGGAUGUUCAACUAUGCCACCACCUUCAUGCCCAACUAUGAGCAACGACGACUCAGACGAAAUCGCUACAACUACUUAGACGACUACGAUAAUUAUCAAGAUUUUCCAGAAUCUGAUAAGUAUUACGACACUUCUAGUUUAAGCCGAGAACACAGCGACAGCUUCAUCUACGUCUCGUAUCCUCCCGACGUGAAGAAAAGAUUCAAUGAGAACAGGUGAUGAAAGAAUUCUAGAUUUUAUCUUUUCUUAUACCUGAAGUGGCAUUUCUUUACAAAAGAAAUUCCAAAGGAACAGAAAUUUUUCCCCAUGUGAGGGAAGUGUUGCAUCUCCUCCUUAUUAGAAACUGUCAUAUUUUGAGCAGAGGAGAGUCUUAGCCUGACAUAAAGCAUUUAUUUCCUGGAAUUGUAAAGAAAAUGUUUUAGAAUUAUAGUGAAACCUUACAUGAUUUGUGUAAGAAGUGAUCAUUCCACACUGCUGUCUGUCUGUAUGACUGCAUCAGUGGUGCCAGCAGCUCAAGUCACAUUACAUACCACAAGUACACCUUCAGUUACUUCCAUCACACCAGUGGAAUAGUGCAGCAUUAUUUAAACCUUAGGCACAUUAUUUAUGGAACAUAACUUACAAUACUACCUACUCAUCUGAUGUACAGAGUGUGUGUGUGUUGCUAUGGACCAAGAUUAAUUAGUAUUUGAGGAGGAACUAGGAGUUUUAAUGGUUUCUAUGAAGACCCUCAGUUAGCUUGUGUAUAAAGGGAAGGCACAAGUUGGAAGUGCAGAAAAAUCUUGUUUACUUGAAUGACACACCAACAGAGCUUCAGGAACAGAAACAAUGCAGUGAGGCUGUACCCUUAGUAAGGCACGAGAAUAUGUAGUGUACAUAUUCCCUGCCUUAGUAUACCUAUGCACAUUGUAAUGAGAUAUAAACACAUUUCAUGAAUGAAGUAGCUCAUCAUGAAGCCUUUAAAUUUUUAAAGAAUUUUUAGAAGGAAGCAGUUGUGUGACCAAAGGUGUACAUUUUGUUUUUACCUGCAACUGUACUAACAAAAGCUUAAUGUAAGGUUUCUGGAGAGUACCAGAAGCAUCAUUUAAGCAAGAUUCUUCUGUGCUUAUUUGUCCCCAACUGUUCAUCAUAUGUAGACUAUAUGUUAUGCUCCUCAGUCAAUCCUUGUACAGACUUUGUGAGCUUAUUUGUAAUUGACUAAGUAGAGAGACUGGAACUUUGGGCAAACCUUUGAAAAUAUUGAAUCAUCGUGCAAAGAUUGAGAUGCAUUCAGAGAACAAUCAGCCAGCCGGCUCUCGGCAGCCGCACAGUCUGUUAAUCUGGCCCACUGGUGAGGACACCCACGACUGAGCUGCUGCCCGUCACAGGGCCAGUGGCAGACCAGUGCCUCAGCAGCAGCAGCAGCAGGCGGCAGCACUGCAAGGCUGUGUGCUGGCAGUGUACUUUGAAUACAGACACAGACAGGUUUAUGCAUUGAGGAAUAUGGUGGCAGAGCACAAUGCAAGAUGGCUUGGUGCUGCCAGUGUCUCCUGGUGCAAUGGUGCAAUGUGCAUGGUGUCACUGUCACUGGACUGAGCAGAGUGGUGGGUACAUUUGGCUCUGCUUUGUUGCUAUAAUGUACGUGGUAUAUAUUACGUUCAUAACUUGUGAGUCUACUUAGAGAAAACUUAUUUUUGUAUCUAGUGGUACUCUAUCACAAAGCGUUUUAGCCGAGUACAAAUACAAAGAAGAGACUUGUUUGUGAUAACUGUUAUGAAGGAAAGUAGAGUGUGGCGUUAGACGUGCACUUCCCUCCCAGGUCACCCAGAUGAAGCCGUAGUGAUCUGGAGACUCGAGUACUGGAGGGAAGUGAGCAUAGUCGGUAGAACACUCAGCAUUUGUUACAUUGUGACACAGACAAGGAAGGAGGAAGGGUGACUAUUUGAGGCACACGCAGCUGAGCAGUGGUAGCAAGUUCUGUACUUUCUGACUCCACUUAGCCUUGGUAGAUAGAUUAUAAUUACCGAUACAGAGGCACUCAAACACUCCCCAAAAUUUUGCUCCAAGGUUUUCAAGGGGACUCAUUACCUACAUGCCAUUAUACACUACCAAUAACAUUUCCAGUUCCAUGGCUCCAUUUUAAAAUUCCAUGCAGCAAUAUCGUUUGCUGGUUUUUGGCUCUUCAAUAAAUGCCGUAUUGUGUUUCUUCCAUAACUCUUAAGGCUUUUUUGAUAAUGUUCCACUGGGACUUGCAUGACCAUCAACACUUUCUGGAGGAAAUUGGUGUCAGUAGAAAAAGUUCCAUCAUUUUCACACAUUAGACUAUAAAAGAAAAUAUGUAGUUCAAAAAAUUUUCACACAUGUCCACAAUUCAGCAAAAAAAUAGAGUUUUCAGGUUCCAUAGUAGUGAAAUGUAGUGAUUUGCCAGCAGAUGUGAAGCAUUACUACAGACUCCUCACAGCUCUCCUCAGCAACUCAGCAAAGCAGGGGCUCUCCUUUAUUUCUCUGUGGUCCGUCCUUCCUUUAGAUCUGCCACUACUAUAAACUGUCUAUAAUCAAGCAUGGUUAGCAAAGCAACACUAGUUAUCUGCUGUAAAAGGAAGCUUCUGGGUAACUGCUUACAACCAUUAGCUAAACAGUAAAGCAGGUUGUGUUAGUCAUGUUCUUAUGGCUGGCUAGGACUGACCAGUUUGUUAUAAAUACUCUGGUCACUUGUCACAUAUUUGCUAAUAAACUAGACUUUUGAGUAAUGCCUUUGUCUUGAUGUGCAUUACAUUAUCUCAAGGAGUAUCUGGGCUUGGUGGCGGUGGAGGUGGCAGUGGUGGUAGUGGUGGUGGCGGUGGCGGUGGUGAUGAUGGUACAGGACAUGCUGUGUCCUGGCUUCUCUGUGUAUGUAUGUUGCCAUGUGAGGGCAAGCUGCUGUAAGGGGAUCACGGUGUUGCUAGGUGAUGUAUGUGCAGGAUUCCACUCCCAUUGUUGUUGAAAUGCUGCCACAAGGAGUGAUCAUACGGAAAUGGGAUUUUUAGUACGAUUACUAAAAAUAUUUUCCCAGAAAAUUUAAUGUCAAUUACAGACAAGCAGGGUUGUGGUCAAGACAAUGUUCAAAAUUAAUGAAAUAUUCCUUUUGUAUCAAGAGUAGAGUAGCGCUAUCUGUACGUGGCCAAGAGAGGAAAGCAGUGCUGCCCACAUACAUGGAGGUAAUGUAAUGCACAGCACUUCAGUAAGUUUGAGCAAUAAGUAGAUAGCACUGUAGUGUAGCUGCAUGCAGGCUGUGAAGCAACAAGAGUGACAAUGUCUGAAGGUCUCAUUUUUUUGCUGACCAUAACACACAACUUGACUGCAGCUGUGGAUGUGAGUGAGAGUGUCACCUCAGGGGCCAGCUUUCCUUUACUAAAUCAACGGGGAUACCAACCACAAAAUUCAUCAAUCAUAAGUUGUAAACCUCCAAAUUCUAAUGAAUGAUGGGCAUUGGUACAUGAGAGGCUUGUAACUGAGUAACUGUGGUGUUCAUGCCUAAAGGUUUUUCACUGAGUUUGUGAUUCUGAAUAUGUAGGUUACUAUACAAAUAUAUCUGACUUUUGCAAUGUUUUCCUAUUGUAUAGAGAAUAGCAGAGAAGUAUGUUGUAUGUUGCACAUUCACUUUUGUUUUGGAGAUGAAUAGAUGUAGGUUUGACCUUCAUAAUAGAGUAGGGUUAUGUAUUCAUUUUUUUGCACCAAUUAGUGGACAAGGAGUCGUCUGAGGGUAAAUGUUUUGGAUGAUUAACACCUGAAUCAAGUCACAGCCAGCUUCUGCCUUCUUAACAAUACUGCUGUGUUGUACAGCCAACACACAGACACAUGUGGUGAUAGUGCUACUUGUUAUUAGUCAGGUUAAUUUGCUGCCAGACACAGCAGUGCUUGCUGAACAGUGCAGCCGCCCGUCAGCACUGGGCAAGGCACCUCUCGGGAGUGCCUCACUUCUCAGGUGCUACGUGCAAGCACCUCACUUCAGGUGUUUGGGAUCUCUGAGGAGGGAUCGAGGCAAUGGCACAAUGUGUGUAGGUUGUGAUGCAAGAACUGUACAGUAAACCCUUGUUUCCUUUCUUGAAAUUUUGUCAACUGAUGUUGAAAUAUAAAUUCAUGAAAGAUUACUUAAUAUAUACCUAGUAUGAAGAAGCAGAUGGAUAUAUUUCAUAUGUAUAUGGUAUGUACAGAUAUUUUACUGGCAAGGCCUGUGAUGCCACAAGACUGAAAUCCAACUUGUGAGAAAGAAAUGGAACUGAAAGUGACAAAAAUGAAAAUACUGAGAUGAAUACCUCACGUGAGGUAACAGUGUGAUGUAAUGUCAGAUUAUGAGACAUGAACGAAAGUUAUGGAAACAAUACAGAAGGAUAAGAAAAAAAAUCUUGAGAUGACAUGGGGUGCAGUGCAGCGUGGGGCGUGUUGGGACGAGUCAUGAGGUGUGCUGAUGAGAACAGUGGUUGAGUUACUGUAAAGGGAUGGACUGUGUGGAUGUACUGUACUGUGGAUGAUAUGAACGAGGACAGACAUUGGUGGAAAUCAACAGUUGGGGAAUAUGGAGAAGGCUCGUCAAGAAAAGUGACUCUAAUUUAGUGGGGAAAGUGGCAAGGUAGGUGUCGGGUGUGCGCCCUCACUUAGAGUGGGGACACCAAUGGCUAUAUCACUCUUGUUUUCCAUAAAAGAUCUUAAAUUAAGCAAGUAAUUAAGAAAAGGAUGACAUGGAAUGUGAACUAAAGCAAGACUUUCUGUAUGCUACUUGACACACUCAGAUUUUGGUAUGACAAUAAUGUAAAGCUACCAGUAUACUGUUUAUAUAACAUCUGUUACAUUCACAAGCACGACACUGCUGUGUUAGAAGGGUACAUGGAUCCAUACUCAUGCACCACCAGACACAUCAUGACAGAGAAUCUGUACUACGCUGAUACAGCUUCAUCAGAAUGUGAACCCUUGUAACACACAUUAUCAAGGCAAGAACAAUGAAGAAAUAUAAUUGUUACUCAAAUGUG